UCCAGGGCCUGAAGGUGGGGAGAAGGGUCCGCAGACAGAGAUGUGGGGUGAUCAGUACCUCGGAGAGGGCGGGGCUGUAACGGAGAUGAGAGGGUAGGUGGGUCUCUGUCUCCGGAGCGCGGGUGGGCCAGACUCCCUUUUCCCUUGUGCCCAGAUGGAUGGCUGCAGAGAUGGGCCUGGCUUGUCAGUUUGGUGCCUUGCUUUUGAGUGGUCUCUAUUAUUGUCAUUAACAACUAGGCGGUGGAGUGUUGGGGAAUGAGAGUGGGGACUGAAGAGGUUUGCUAAAAGGAAAAGCAGAAUGGCUCCAGGACCCAGAGGUAACAGGAUUUGUGCUUGCUGAUAGGCUUUCCCUAGUGGACACCAUGGUGUGGUACCAGACGGAAAAAGUGGACAAUGAAAUGCAUCCAGCCAGAAGGGUCUUCCAACAGGUUUGAUGGAAAGCAAGUUAAGGCUGUUGGCAGGGGCUGGGGGUGGAUGGUAAGAGUGAAGAUAAGAAGGGCCUGUUGGAGAGGGACAGAGUGGAAAGUUUGAGGAACUGGGUCUUCAUUUACGAAACAUUUAUUUUUUUCAUUUCAUACGUGCAGCUUUAUUUUUUUAAUUGAAGUAUAGUUGUAUAAUUUUAUAUAUGCAUACAAUAUAGUGAUACACAAUUUUAAAAGGCUGUGCUCCAUUUAUAGUUAUUAUAUAAAAAUAUUUGCUAUGUGCCCUGUGUUGUACGAUAUAUCCUUAUAGCCAAAAACAGUGCCUUUGAGUACAUACGCUGUGGCAUGUAGAUUUCCGGGCACUGGAGAUAAAGCAGUGAGCAGAAGAGACAUUGUCCCUGUUCUUAUAGAGCUUACAUUUGGGUGCCAGCUGGGAGAGAAGGGAGCAGACUAGAAACUGAAAUGUAUGGUAGGUGGUGACCGUUGCUGGAGAGAAAAAUAAAGCAGAGUAAGGGGUCCAGAGUGAUGUGUGGGUGCUGUUUUGGAUAGAGGGGUCAGGAAAGGCCUCUGAUCAAGUCACGUUUGAGCCAACACUCAGAAAUAAGAAGUGGACAGUAGGCAAGGUGAAGUUUGUCUGGUCACUCUUGCAAAUAAGUACCCUACAUAGCUUUUUAAUCUGCUUGAUCAUUUUCUUUCCUUCUUCAAGUCAUUGGUCUUUAAUAGUUCCACGAUAAAUUUUUUCCUGUUAUAUGUAUAUAUGUAUAUAUCUAUAUACAUACACAUAGACAUGUGGGGGAAGAGUGUUCAGGGCGGAGGGAGACGCUGAGGUGGGAUUAUGCUACUGGGCUUGAGCAGUGAGGAGGUGGGACUGGCGUGCUUAAAUGGCCAGGCCCUUGUGAGGAGGGUGGGAAAGGAUGAGGCCACAUUGUGUGGGGCCUUGUGUGUCGUCCUGGGGGUUUAGGAUUUACUGCUGAGGUAUGGUACCAUCAGGAGGUUUUAAGUAGAAGUGUAGUGUUGCCUCCUUAAUAAUAAAAAGAAAACCGAACAGAGAACAAGUGGGCUUUCUCUGACUGUUGGCCUUCCCACAGUGUGCAGAGCACGGGGGAGAAGUCAUGCCCUGGGCAGGCUGUUACAGGGCUGUGGGCAGGAGCAAGCUCUGGGGCGGAUUUCCUGGGGUCAGGCUGUUGAAUAACUGAGAGCUUUUCCUUCCCUGUCAGUUGGGGGUUAGUGAGCCGGUUAAAUGACGGGCGGGUAAGCGGGUGGUGCACUCGCCUGGCACCUAGCCAAUCCUCAGAAGGUGUAAGCUGCCAUCGUGCGGUUAGUUGCUCCAGGUGCCCUGAUGGGAGAUGGGGAGAAGGUUAUGAAAGCAGCACCCGUGAUAGGCUGUGGGGUUGGGGGUGUCAGGAGCCCCCGGGAGAAAGCCAGACAGAGGGGGCGCUUGCUGCAGGACUGGGGGUGUGGUGGGCGGCAUCCCAGAUGAUUUCUGCUGUGGAGCCAUAGCGGGCGACGACAAGGCCCAGGCCAGGGCCCAGGCUUCAAUCUGGUUACUCUGCGAUUGGAGGGCCUGGGGAGUGGCAGAAGCCACAGGGACUUCCCCUCAAGCAGGCAUCGAGAACCUGAGGCCGCCUGAGCCCUGGGGGUUGGGGGCCUGGUUGACACUGGGCUUCAAGUGCUCACAGCCAAAGGCUGGAGGGCGUGGGUCCCACCUUCCAUCCAGAACGGGGGACAAAGGCUGCAUUGUCUGAGUGAGGCUCUGUGAAUGGGGCCUUUGAGAUGGAUUUCCACCAGAGCUGCAAGCCUGGCUGUUGUGCUUUUGGAGACAGCGGGGAGUCUGGGAGCGCAAGGCAGCACUGGAGCACCCUUGGGCUGGGACUUACUCCUGGAGGGGCUGGCCUGCAUGGGGAGGUUGAAUGGCAAAGGGAACUAUGUGCUGCUCACCAGGCUUCCUGGCUCAGGCUCAGGCCCGACCCCGGGGUCUGUUCUCCUCAGCCAGCCUUCCUCAACCCUGCCUGGAUCUGUCACCACAGGGUCAGGGGCGCUCUGGGAUCUGGCCGCAGGCUGUCUUCCCCACUGCUGUCUUUCUGGGCGCGACCCUGGGGCACUCCCUUCCUGCCCACAUCUGAACCUUUCUGGUAAACCUUCCUGGCUUUCCAGUGGCCCCAGCACAGGCCUCUGGGACAGCAUCUGAGUCACCCAGCCUCCCCAUGGCCUCCUGCCCUGGGCUCGUCUGUGAGGCUGUUUGGAAGCAUAGUCUGUGGAUCACGAUCUGGAAACAGUUGUUUUCUGAAAGAGGAAAACAUAAGCCCAGGAAAGUAGCGAGAGAGGAUGGAGUGAGCCUUGACUAUGCCCAUGUGCGGCCCGCCUGGAACAGUUCACCCUGGGGUGCAGGAGAACUCGCCCGCCCAGCAGGCCGGCCUGGAGCCCUACUUCGACUUUAUCAUCACCAUCGGGCACUCAAGACUGCCCUGCUGCCCCUACAGAACAAGGAGAAUGACACUCUCAAGGCCCUGCUGAAGGCCAACGUGGAGAAGCCAGUGAAGCUGGAGGUGUUCAACAUGAAGACCAUGAAAGUACGUGAGGUGGAGGUGGUUCCCAGCAACAUGUGGGGUGGCCAGGGCCUGCUGGGCGCCAGCGUCCGCUUCUGCAGCUUCCGCCGGGCCAGCGAGCACGUGUGGCACGUGCUGACCUUGGUUUCUUCUUUGGAAAGAUGGGGCCGCCAUCUGCUGGAAGGGUCCUGUGCUGCCAGAAUGCUGGAUGUAGAGCCCUCUUCACCUGCUGCCCUGGCGGGCCUACGCCCCUACACAGACUACGUUGUGGGCUCGGACCAGAUCCUCCACGAGUCCGAGGACUUCUUCUCGCUCAUCGAGUCCCACGAGGGGAAGCCCUUGAAGCUGAUGGUUUACAAUUCUGAGUCCGACUCCUGCCGGGAGGUGACUGUCACCCCCAAUGCAGCCUGGGGUGGAGAGGGCAGCCUGGGCUGUGGCAUUGGUUACGGGUAUCUGCACCGGAUCCCAGCCCAGCCCCCCAGCCACCACAAGAAGCCGCCCGGUGGCCCGCCGCCCGGUGCCCCGCCGCCUGGACCCGCCCCUCAGGACUCUGCUGCUCCUCUUGGCCUGGAGACAGGCUCCAAACAGGGUGACUACGUGGAGGCCUUGCUGCAGGCACCUGAUUCCUCCACAGAGGAACAGCUCCCUGGGCCUGAAAGUCCUGGCCAGGGCGCUCAAGACCUCGGGGACCUGCCCCGUUCCACGGAGACCCCUCUGCAGCCUCCGCCUCCACUGCAGCGAGUCAUGGACCCAGGCUUCCUGGACGUGUCUGGCCUCUCCCUUUUGGAUAGCAGCAACGCCAGCGUCUGGCCCGGCCUGCCCUCUUCUGCAGAGCUGACCCCCCCUGCGGUCUCAGCCUCAGGGCUGGAGGACGUCUGCUCCAGCAGCGGUUCUCACGAGCGUGGUGGUGAGGCCACCUGGUCUGGAUCCGAGUUUGAGGUCUCCUUCCCAGACAGCCCCGGCGCCCAGGCCCAGCCAGACCACCUGCCUCAGCUGACCCUUCCCGACAGCCUCACUUCUGCCGCCUCACCCGAAGACGGGCUGUCUGCUGAGCUGCUUGAAGCCCAGGCGGAGGAGGAGCCAGCAAGCCCAGAGAGCCCAGACUGCGGGGUGGAGGCUGGGGGGGCUCCUAGCCAGGCCCGGCUCUCCACUCCUGAACACCACUCCGGGCUAUGACCAGGCCCUUUGAUGGCGUUUCAUGAGGCCUGGAAGCGGGAGGCAGCUGAGGCCACGCUGUGUGGGGGGCCCCUGUUUUAGUGCUUCCUGGGCUGAGGGAGGCCCUGAGUGCUGGGCAGUGUCUUCUGCUGAUUGUGGGGGGCACUUUUGUGUCCACUCAGACCCUACUGGUCUCCAAGAGACAACCUGCAGCAGUCAUUCUGCCUGAUGGUCCUGGCUUUGGGGAAUUGGGCACUUGUCUAAGAAUCUCAAACAAAUACUUUUGGCGUAGCAGGGGGCUGGGAACAGCACCAGGUUAAGUAAGUUUUCCAGAAGCUGGGGUAGGAGAGGGUUCUUUGCUGCUUGGGUCGGGCAUGGAGCUUCCAUUGGUAGAGGCCAUGGGCCUUGCGGAAGGACAUCUUUGGGUCACGUGCCCAUUGCAUGUUCCUGCUCCAGUCACUGUGGCUACACGGCAGGUAGCAGAGUCCAGGCACCACCAGGUGUGAAGAUGGGGUGAGGGAGGGAGGGGUUGUGUGGGGUGUUUGCCUAAUCCUUCCUUAGGGCUUGCCUUGAUUCUUUCCAUUACAGACAGCCUAUCUGUAAUGGAGGGCACCCCCAAACCCCGGGGACCCCUGCCGCCCCAUUUACUGUCUCACCCUGUGCUGCUCUGCACAGCUGGCGCAGGCUGACCACAUAUUCCCGUGAACCUGCCCCCUUCUCCUGAGGGACAGUUGGAAAUUCUAGGCCCUUCAGCAGAGACUCACCUGUGCUUGGGCCAUGCUGCUGCUGCUUCCUGAGCAUCCACAUCUAACGCACCUGGUGUCCCCAGAUGGGACACCUGUCAGCUCCCAAACUUUUACAGCCAUCUCUUUUAAAUAUGCGAGUCAUCUAGCCACCCUAGUGGUGAAUAAAAGUUAACAAAUUUAGGUUCACCAUCCUAAGCAGGCCCUCAGAGCCAGUCCUCCUGCCUGGAGCUCUUCACACACAGCUCCCAUCCCAAGCAGGGAUGAGGCGCCUGGACAAGAGUGAUUAAGGGCCCUCUGUUAUUUUCCACAGGACGGGAGGGGGCUGUUCCCCUCUCCUCCAGUGCCUCGGGAGGCUGAGACUGGGUUGUGUGUCUUGCUCUGCCUAGGUUCCCACAGCAAGAGGAGGGCUCCGUGCAGGGGUGACCCUUAUCACUUGAAGUCCUCUCCUCUGGCCAGAGUCCCUCACCUUCCCACAGCCCUUGCUGAUCACCGUGAAAGCAGCCUCCAGCCUGGCCGUCUAGCCUCAGCCCAGUCGAAAGUCUCACCUUUACCAUCUGAUUUGGAAUGUGUGCCCUUACAGGGCAUUCAGAGCUCUGUUAGGCUCACAGACGGGCCCAGACCAAAGAUAUGGAGGGAGUCUGCUCUGGCGGGCAGAGACCAAAGAUAUGGAGGGAGGGCCCCACAUCAGGAAACACCUCACGUUCACUGCACUGUGACUGCAUGUAAAAAGCAAAGUCUUGUCAGGUCCACUAGAGCAGCUGAUAAGCCUGCAGAGUAGGGAGGCAUUGUGUCCAGAGGCAGUGCCAGAAUCUGGUUCCUGGGUUGUCUGGGAGCCCAGUGUCUGCCUGCAGGAAUCCAGAAGUAGAAUCAGGCGAGGCCUGUUCUGAAGCCAGUUUCCCUUCACUAACCUGGCGGCCUGACCCAGAGUCACCCUCACCCAAGGGACCUGGUUCUUCCGCCCUCACGUUAACACAGUCCCCUCCCUAAACUGGGGGCUAAAAUGGAUAUCAAUGCUAAUUAUUUCCAAGGUAAACACAAAACCAGAAGUUUCUUACUUUUUCUGUAAUCUGCUAUGAAGGAAAAUGACAAGUGGAAAUAAAUGUGUACUGUACACUUUGAAAUA